AUGUUUUGGUCAAUUCCCGUUGCGCUGGCUCUCGCCUCUGGGGCUUCUGCCCACACUUCCGCCUUUGUUAAGGGCAUGUACUGCGAGGGCGGUCCUGAUCCUAACAACUACAACGCCAACUCAAACACUCCUGUGAACCCUCUUUGGGACCUUCCAUUCGAGAAGUGGUGGAUGCAAGCCGACCGUGGCUGCGACAAGGCUCCUCCUCCUAACGGUGCCUCCCUUGCUCUGCCUGCUGGUGGCAAGUUCACUGUUGAGCUCGCCCACAACCAGGCUCAGACCACCUUGUCCUACAACGGACAGUACGCUGGCGAGUGGCCUGAUGGCCAGAACCACCCCGAGGACUGGCACGGUCCUGGCAGCCCUCCUGACUGCAUUCAGGACGAUGGUGCUAUGCACACCAACAACCAGACCAUGGCUGCUGGUACUGCCUGGGCCAUUUCCUACAACUCGGACAUCUCUAAGGUGACCAUGGACAACCUGGUUGUCUUCUCUGUCCUUGAGCACACUCCAUGGAAGCGUAUUGCUACCUAUGAUGUUCCCAAGGAUCUUCCUGCUUGCCCUGCAGGUGGCUGCUACUGUGCUUGGCUCUGGGUCCCCACCGGCUGUGGUCAACCCAACAUGUACAUGUCCAACUUCCGAUGCCACGUUACCAACACCACUUCCACCAAGAAGCUUGCCCCGGCUCAACCUCCUACCUGGUGUGGUGGCGAUUCAUCCAAGUGCCUCCCUGGUGCUAAGCAGAUGAUUGCUUGGAACCAGGCUACCGGCAACAACGUUCAGGUCCCCAACGGCGCUUCUCCCGGCUACAACAUCAACAUGGGCUUUGCUCCCGGGUAUCAAAUAUUACUAUUUGGACUUUUUUCCAUUCUGGAAUUUUUUGUUUGCAACGAAGCCAUCAAUUUGUGUCAUGUGAAGUAG